AUGUAUCUGGAAAAAGAAGGAGAAGCUAAUACCUCCUUAAAUAAAAAACAUUCGGAAGUCGAAUUUUUUACGCCGAAGUCAAAUUUAGCUCAUGAGUGUCUUACCAGAAACGUAGCAUUGGAUAAUUUACACACAUAUGUCAAUACGAAGAUUACAGAUGAUCAGUUGAAAAAACGAAAGGGGCAUUCGAAAAGUUCUGCUCCUGCUGUAAUAAAGAAAAAUUUCCCCUCAAAGCAAAAGAACAAAGCGUGCUCAAUUUUAAAUUAUAUAAACGGAUUUAACAAUACGAGGAAUAUCUUCUUUGGAAAGGCAGCUACGGAUGGCGCAAAAAGGAAAGGACAUGUCGCCCCGAGAGGAGGCUCAAUCAGAAAAUUAAAAGAAAAGAUAUCAGAUGUAAAAAAAAAUAAAAGUGUCAAAAAAAGAAUUUUUUCCGAGAGUACAACAAACAUAUUGUGGUACUUUAGAAAUGUCGAUAUAAAUAACAAAGAAAAAACCGACCUUCCUACCCAUUGUGGUACAGAUCAAAAUGCUCACAAUAGUUUAGAUGAUAAAACGUUUAAAGAUUCUAACGGCAGAAUUUAUGCGCAUGGAAAUGGUGAGAAUCACGCUGAUGUAGAUAACAAUAUUUAUUACGGCGAGAAUAAUGUGCACUCAGGAGAGGGGGGAAACCUAAAAAGGGUAUGGAGUGAAGAUUACGAAAACAAAAUGACAAGUGAAGGGAAAGUGAAAUAUCAAUAUGUUCAAAAUAAUGCCAAAUUGGAUUGUAACUACGAGGAAUAUUUGCAAACUGCUUACCUAUAUUGUAAGAAAUAUUUCCUGUACCGUAAAAUGGAAUGCUUCAGCAAGUAUUUAUUUUACCGUAAGAAGACCAUAAAGAAUUUUAUUUUCCUAAUUGAAGCCCUAUUUUUGCGAAAGAAAUACAUAGAUUUGCUGGACAUGCUGCAGCGUUACAGGCGAUUGUGGAUGUUUUCUUACAAAGGUGUAAAGACAAAGCAGGAAGCUGAACUAAAGAACAAUGCAAGGAACAAAAUCGAAAAGGGGGACAUAUCAACAAAGGGAAGUAAUUCUGAAUGUGGAAAGAAUUUCAAUAAAUUGAUUUCUCAUAAAUACAUUAAGAAUACUUUUUUUAAGGUAGCUGUACAAAAUGCCCCCACAGCCCUCGCAGGAGAAAUGAGGAAAGUAGAGCAUAGUAACAUUUGCAAUAUUGAACACAGAGAAGUACACAAAUUUAAGAAGCAAAAAAAAGAAAAAAUGCAUACACACAAAAUGUAUAACACCCAAUUGCUUUGUAAACAUAGAAAUAAUUAUGAACUAAAUAAUGCCAUUGGAGGCGUCAUAAACGAUGGGAAAAUAUGUAAAAAGAAAACUUGCAACAAGAUAUACUGCAUAUGCUAUGUCGCCUUUGUAAAAAUUAUGUCGCUCAUUAGAAUGCAAAAUCAAAACUGCUUAAACAGAGGCGUGAAUUUUACACAAAAAAUAAGUAAAAAAUGUUUGCUCAAUAAAAAUGGCCAUUAUUUAACCCAUGCAGUUAUUCACUUGUAUGAAUUGGCAGGUUUGUAUAAUUACUCGCUGAAAUAUUCAAUGAUACUAUUCUUGAAGUGUCCUGUCUAUCCCCAAAUUAUUCUGAAGCUCUUCAGUUUUUCCAUACUAAGCUUAAAAGAUGAAAUUUAUUUAAUUUUAUUAGCGAAGUAUUGUAAGAGCAUUUCCUGGAUGAAAUAUUUCUUCCUCUUCAUUUUAUAUUCAGUGAAUUAUCAGUUUCGCAAUAAAAAAAUAGUUAGCAACUUUUUAUUCUUACUGAAUCGUGUCACAAAAGGAGGAAAAAACAUUGCCAAACUGGCAAAAAAGAACAAUUUUGCAAGAGAAAUUUGCACAAAAAAGGGGGGGGAAAAUUGCACCAAAAAUACCCACGACGAAUACACCCCCGGAGCGAAGAACUCGCUGUGCGGGUUUACACCUGAUGAGCACAGCGAAAAAACGCACAAUCGAAAAAGUGGUUACAACGGAAUGGGGGAACAAAUUGAACACAAGCAGUCGAUUCAAACUAGGAAAGUCCCCAUGCAAAGGAUUUGGCAACUUACCUAUGACAUCGAAAGAAACGAUAGGGGAGAAUGUAAAGAUGGGAGCGAAUACGCAGGGGGAGAAAAAAGAAGACACGUUAACAUCCCACAAUAUUUAAAAAGAUGCUCGAGUAAUCAAAACAUGUACAGACAUGAAGCAAACAGAAAUGAGCAUUUUUGCCGAAAAAUAACAUUGUACAGCUCUUUAUAUAGCAAGGUAACAUUGUACGAUGCGUAUGUGUAUAUUGCACAAAAUAAAUUUUCAGAUUAUUUUCCAAAAAUUUUCCUAUAUUCCAAAUUGCAUAUAAUAAUCAAUAUUAAAAGAAGUUCUUAUGAACAAAAUUUUCCCAUGUGUUAUAGUUUAAGCAAACUGUUAUUGAUGGAUCAUAUGUAUGACUCCUCAGUAGUAGCAUUUUUUGUUAACUCUGCUUAUUUAUUAAAAAAAGUUAGCGCUAUAAAACGAUUGGCUCAAGAAUUAAAAAGAAACAAUCAAAGGAUUUGUUUUCUCUUUUGCAAUGCAGCUUUGUUGUUACAUUUUAAGCAAAUCGAGCGAUCUAUUCAAAUAUAUAAAUAUAUUGUGGACUCAUAUCAGAACAUUUUUUCUGAUCUCUAUUUUUAUUCCUUGUUUAAUUUAAUAUAUGCCCUACAAUUAACACAAAAGGCGCACCAAAUUGUUAUUUUUUGUAAAAAUUUAAAUAAGUUAUUUUUUAAUAAUAUAAAUUCUUAUAUAUUACUAUCAUACUAUUAUUUUGUAAAUGACAUCCCCACCAAAUGUUACGCCUCGCUUAGGAGGGCUCAUGACAUAUAUCCAUAUCACCCUGAUACGUUUUACCUCCUUUCUUUACUAGCGCUACAGGCUAAAAGGUACGAAGAAUACGGAGCCUUUAGCGAACUGGCCCUUUUUUUCAGUUUAAGAAACGGAAAUCUUAGAAACUAUGUCUUUUCCAACAUUUAUGGAAAGCAACAUAAGCACGUUCCCUCUUAUUUGUUAAGUUACCAUUUGGAGAUAAUUGAUUCCGACACAAGCACAACUUUGGGCAUCCUCAAUUUAAGCUCCCUCCUGAAUUACGUGUACUUUGAAGGUUUAAUAAAAUGUUACAUUAUACUUCACUUUUGUUCGGCGAAAAGGUCCCAUAUAAACUAUCUCAUGCUAAGUAAAAAUUUGGGCAUCAUGGCUGCAGAGUUUUUCCCACACAAUUUAAGCCUAUUACAUAGUAAGUGGAAAAGGGCAAUAGUGAAAAAUGAAAAGGUAUUGAAAUAUAUCGAUGAUGCUAGACGAAGGGACAAGAAAAGGGAAGAAAAAGAAAAAAAGCCGAAAUUCUGCAUUAAUAACGCUUACUAG